AAGAAAAUGAUUUAAAAACAGACUACUGUACAAAAAAAAUUGCAUUAAACAUGCAUAGACUGCUUCAGAAUAUUCAUUAACAACCAUUUUAAAGAACAUAAAAUGCAGUUGAGGAGGUGGCAGCUGUUAUCUAGACGAAUGACGAGUAACUCGACGUGUUAUUCCAGAUUUCUGACGAGCACUUUUUUUUCCCUCAAUCAUUUUAGAACAAGUCAAUUUUCUCUUUCAUUUACUCAUGACUGUGCUUUCCAGUGUCAAAGAAGCAUUUAAGAGUUCUCAUUCUGAUCAGCAUUUAAUUCAACUUCUUCCUAAUUCAACUCAGCAUGUCACAAAUGGAGAGCACGAAAGGGGAGCAACCUGGCAAAGGUGACAAGAUUGCUAUGGUGCUACUGGGAAAGAACAGCCAUGAUAAGUCAAUAAUAGAGAACAUCAUGCUAAACACCAAAGAUUUCACUGCUGGAAAUGAAAAAAACACUGAAACAACGGAUGGCUAUAACAUCUGCAUUAUCAACACUCCAGACCAUUGUCAUAAACAAAACACAAAGCAUGAAACUGACAGUAUGAGGAGUAUAAAGGAGAUCUAUCCAGGUCGUCACGCGUUUCUACUGAUAAUAAAAGACACACAGCUUUCAGAAGAAGAGAUGGAGAUGUUCACCCAGCUGAAAGUGAUAUUUGGUGAGAAAAUGGUGGAAAAUAUGAUUGUAGUACUUGUUUGUAAUCAAGAAAUCAAAUCUGGAGAGGCAUUUCUCCAAGCUGAUGCGAAUCUGAAAAAAUUACUAGUUGAGUGUGGACGGAGAUUGUGUGUGUACAACCGGAUAAAAGACAUAAAAGGUAAUGAGCUGCGAAAACAGAUCAUGGAAAAAUGGGAGUUUUUACGCAAGAAACAGGAUUAUAAAGCAAUAAUUCCCCCACCUGGACCUGAGAGGACUUACGAAGAAAUGAAGCCAGUACCACAGGUAUCAUGGGGGGCUGAAAAAAGCAAAGCAACCCCAGAGAAGUUUCUGCAAAGAGCACAAUUAACCGUCCGGACAUCUGGAAAUGAAGAAAUGACUGGAAUGACGACAGUGGUCCUGCUAGGAAACGAUAGAAAAAAGAAGGAUCACAUUGGGAACAUCAUUCUGGACAAACCUCAUUUCCAAACUAAAGACACUUGUGAGAAGAUUCUGCAUACUAUUGAUGGUCAGAAGGUGUGUAUUAUCAACACCCCAGACCUUUUUCAUAAAUCGGUCUGGUGGGAUCCAGAAGGUUCCAGUAUGGAAGAGCUGAAGCCCUCAUACACAGGGCCACGUGUCUUCCUCCUAAUUCUCCGUGACAAACAUCUGUCUUCACAAGACAUGGAGAUGUUUACUGAACUAAAGAAGAAGUUCGGAGAGAAAAUGGUCGAAAACACGAUUGUGAUGGUUGAAAAGAAGUUAGCCUCUAGCUCAAUGGACAAACAUAUUUCCUUCAAAAGCCAAUACCACGCAAUACUGGAAGAGUGCGGAAGACGAAAGUGUGUUUACAACAGAGAAAUAAAGAAUGUUGAAUUAAUCCGAAAACUGAAGAAACACACUGAAGGCUUCCAGAAUUACCAAACAUUGGCAUUGCACAGAGAAAGAGGCCCAGACAGUUUCAGAAAGCAUGAAAAUGCUUUGCAAGCAGUACAAAUACAGCCAUCUAUCAGAGAGCGUCCCCAGAAAGACUUAACCAUCGUUCUGCUGGGACAGACAGGAAGUGGAAAAAGUGCUUCAGGAAACACCAUCCUAAAAAAGCAAGCUUUUAAAUCGCAUGCCAGUUCUGUGCCAGUAACAACAGAGUGCCAAAUGGAAAAGGGGGUUGUUUUUGAGAAGAAUAUUACCGUUAUAGACACCCCAGAUUUCUUUAAUGAAGACCUUACAGACCAGGAAGACCAGAUAAAGAGGUGCAAGGACCUCACUCAGCCUGGGCCUGAUGUGUAUUUGCUGGUCAUGCAGCUGGGACGUUUCACUGAGGGCGAGAGAGAAGUUCUCCCAAAUUUGAAGAAAGUGUUUGGUGAAGAAGUGACUUCAAAAAUAGUGAUUCUUUUCACGGGCAAAGAGAAGCUAAGAGACAAGUCUUUACCAGAUUACAUCAGUGGCAGUGACCAAGAACUUCAGGAACUGGUCAAAUCCUGUCAUUCAAGGUGUCACGCGUUUAACAACAACGACAAGAACCAUCACCAAGUGAAAAAACUGCUGGAUUUAAUUGGUAGCAUGCAGGGAAAUGCUGAAAAUUAUCCCAAAAAGAAGCAGAAGGACAACAAAGACUGUGUUAUCUUGUAAGAUAUUGAGCUGUUUGUAUGUAAACAAAACUAAAAGGGACCACACAAUUUCUAAAAGUAAAUGUUUACAUAUCCAUGUGUAGCUAAUAUUUAUGCUUUGAACUAACAUUUGCCAUAUUAAGAAGGAUCAUUUAUAGUUGAAGUCAGAUUUAUUAACCCCCCUUUUAAUUUUAUUUCUUUUUUUUAAAUAUUUCCCAAAGGAUGUU